CAACAUGCCGUUUGUUUUUGGCACACCAUCGUACUUUUUGUUGUUCGGACCUACUCACAACGCCGAGUUGUUCAGUGUGGGUCGACUCGUUUUGGCUGCCAUAGCGUUCGGUCCCAUCUUCAAUACGGAAACAGCACCUUUCGGGAUCCCAACCAUGUUUCGCAAGCCCAAGCGCUCCGCCAAAAAAGCGGGCCUCCGUGCUCGCAAAAAGACAACCACCAGCGACGACGAGGAGGACAAAGAAACGACGCAGGAAGUGCAGGAGGCACUCAAGCGCGCCAAGAACGAGCACAACGGGGGAAACGGAGGAGGGAAAUUCCGGAAGUCGAGCGGCACUGUGGACGACGACGAUGACGGCGUUCAAGACGGAGCUAAAGGCAGCAGCAACAGCAACAAUUCAAAACCAAACACCGUGAUGCACCGCUUCGAGGCCGACACCAAAACCGGCAACCAGCAAAAAGACCUGGCCACGGCCACCGCCCAGCACCAUCCCAAGGCGAUGGAAUCCAUCUCAAAAUCGGCAUCCCAAAAAGAUCCCAAGCGGAACAAGUUUCUGGCGGGCCCGAUCCGGGCCCCCACCAACAUCCGAACGACCUGCCGGUUCGACUACCAGCCCGACAUUUGCAAGGACUACAAAGACACGGGUUUUUGCGGCUUUGGGGAUACCUGCAUCUAUCUGCACGACCGGGGAGACACCAUGAGUGGAUGGCAGCUGGAGCAGGCCUGGGAAGAAAAACAGAAGACCAAGAAACGGGAGCAGGAGGAACAAAUGGAACGGUUCAUGAACAAGGUCGACGCGAUGGACAACAACAAUAAGAGUGAAGGCAACGAAAGUGGCUCGUCGAACCCGAUCGGUACGGCCACGGACGAUGGAAUCCCCUUUGCUUGUUUCUUGUCCCGCAAGGCCUUCGAGGAUCCAAUCGUCACUAUCUGCGGCCACUACUUCAGCCAAGGCUGCCUGCAGGACCACUUUCAGCAGCAGCAAACCGGCGGCGAGGGCGGUCAGCGGUGCCCGAUCUGCGGCAGGGACACGCACGGAGUGAUGAACCAACCGACGAAACUGAUUGCUAAAAAGCGAAAGCUUCUCGGCCGAAAGGCAACGUGGCAGCAGUUCAUGGAUGCCCGGGGGGGUGCUGCUGCGGGGAUGACAAAGGGAAACGACGACUUUGGUGCUGGCGACUAAUCAGACCAUAUUCGACCCAUGCAGCACAAGAAAGGGGGUUGCGAAGAACGGCAAAAUGGACUAAAACACGAAACUUGAUUGCACUUGAAAAUGCAAUGGUCGACGGUAUGCUGCGUUAUAAAAGUAUGAUAUGGUAUGUAUUGGUAUGCAUCACGAUGACAAGUAACAUUUGACAGUUGAUGCAAUCUACUGCAUCGAAGAUUCAUCAUUUGCCCCUUGCCAUGUAGAGUGAAUGAUAUCCUAUCACUGGCACAUCCAUUUCUUUCGAAGCACAUUGGCACCUCAAGGCCCAUGAUUUGAUUUCAUUCAGCAUUCGCCACCAGCAAUGGACAGAUGCUUUUGUCAUCUUUGACGAAGUGACUCAGCAUCGAUCUCAAGAUGUUAAACGAGGAGUUUCGCAUUCGUUGUGACUGUGGUGCAAUUUUUCCCACGAUUGCGACAAAGAACGAAGCGCUCGAUCUCUUUCUUCCUUCAGUGAGAGUGCAGCUAUCUCAAGGAUUUUUCCCGCUAGCAAUGGUUCUCGAGUACCGCACCAAUCAAGGAGCUGUUAUUGACUCUUCCUUAAUUCUGUUGACGACGAUUCCAAACAAUGUAUUGAGAAUAUAUCAUAAUCGGUUUCAAAAAAUAUUAGAGAGAGAGAGAGGUUCUAGAUCUCCCCGAAAUCUUUAGUGUAGAUAAAUGCUGAGGCAUUCGAGAAAACUUGCUCAAAAAGAAUACGAUCUAUCGUUGGAAAACUGAUGUUGGAAUACGACGGUACGCCAGCUGGCGCGGGAUCUUACUGAUGCAGUAAUAUAUAACUCGAGCCGGAAUCGAACGGCAAGCACAACUAGGAAAUUAAAUAAUGCUUGUACGACGUUCGGAAGUUAAUGGUGACAUCGCGAGUUCACUUGCCGCGUUCGGUCUCUACGAUGAUUCUGCGUCGUUCAAUCGACAAACUAGCAUUCAUUGACUACCGUAUACCCCGAUUGCUUUACUCCGAAAAUGAUACUCUACUGUAACCUAUUGUAAAAGAAGACAACAGCCGAAAACCGGACCACAGUUCCACACGCCUCUAGACACCGCAGAUAAUUUCCGAAGUUUAUCGCAGCUUCAGUUUGGUCUGCUGGUUUGCUGUGCUCGCUCAUUCAACUCACGGAAUACUAAUUAACACUCUUUUUGAUA